AUGGCUUACACCUGGGACCUCUUCCGCCAGUGCUUCUUCGUCCCCAAGCCGACACUUACUGAAACGAAUCUUCCCGACCAAACAGGCCGAAUUGCGAUUGUUACUGGUGGCUAUUCAGGUGCAGGCAAAGAGCUCUGUGGCAUUCUCUACAAACACAAUGCCACGAUCUAUAUUGCCGGCCGUUCGACAGCAAAAUACGACGAGGCGGUCGCAUCAAUCAAAAAAGCUUGCCCACGGAGCAAAGGUCGGCUCGAGUUCUUGAAACUCGAUCUGUCGGAUCUCACAACCAUCAAGCCGGCGGCAGAGGCAUUCAUGAAACAAGAACAGCAACUACACGUGCUGACGAACAAUGCUGGUGCAAUCCAAGCGCCUGUUGGGUCACAUACAGAUCAAGGGAUUGAACUUCACAUGGGGACCAACGUAGUAGGACAUUUUCUUCUCACCAGACACCUUGAGCCAGUACUUCGUCGAACAGCUCAAAAAGCACCAUCCGGCAGUGUGCGAGUGACGUGGGCUUCUUCAAUCAUUGCCAGCAUGAAAGCACCAGAGGGAGGUAUUGACUUCGACGCCGACGGUAACCCAAAGGUGCUCGGCGACCCUGUCAGCGACUACGCGCAAAGCAAAGCAGCGAACUACGUGCUCGCUCGCGAAUUCUCCAAGCGACUACAUGCGGAUGGGAUCGUUUCUGUACCUUUCAACCCAGGGCAACUUGCGACUCAGCUAUCGCCAGACGACUCUUGGACGCUGAAGCUUGCAACACGGAUUUUUGCCUACGAAGCUGUCUACGGGGCUUAUGUGGAGUUGUUUGCAGGCUGGGCAGAUGAGGUUGGUGAAGCUGGAAACGGAGAGCAAUUUGUUGUGCCUUGGGGAAGGUUUGGGGUGCUAUCGGAGAGCUUGAAGAACAGCAAGAAAGGAGGAGAUCUCUGGGCAUGGUGCGAAAAGCAAUGCCAGUCGCACAAAUAG